AUGCUCCUCAGGAUCGCAGAGCAGGCUUCCGUGCUAUUGUGGGCAUCCUUGCUGGUCCUCGCAGCUGCAGUCAGUGGACCACUUGCUUCUCUACCCAGAUCCAUGAUUUCCCUCCAGCCUCGUUGGACCACUGUCUUUAGUGGAGAGCGAGUGAAUCUGACUUGCAGUGGAUUUCACUUCCAUGCGCCAGAGAAAAUAAAAUGGUACCGCUGGUACUCUGGGAAAAGAUUUCCACGUGAAACGCCAGGAAACACCCUCGAGGUUCGUGAUUCUGGACAGUACAGAUGCCAGGCCCAGAACUCACUCCCAAGUAAGCCUGUGCACUUACUCUUUUCUCCAGCCUCCUUCAUCUUCCAGGCCCCACAGUCUGUGUUUGAAGGUGACGAGUUGGUUCUGAGAUGCAAGAAAAGGGGAGAAGAGAGACUGGCUGCUGUGAAGUACAUGUGGAAUAGAGAAGUUAUUUUUAAUUCUAGUAAAAGCGUGGAUCUUUUGAUACCACAAGCAAGUUUAAAUAACAGUGGCUGUUAUCAAUGCAUUGGAUUCUUGAAAAAUGAUCAUGUAUUGAAAACAAGUUUCACGAAUAUUCUAAUUCAAGAGCUAUUUGCACGUCCAAAGCUGAAAGUCACAGCCUCCCAGCCUGCAGAGGGGAAUUCUGUAAACCUGAGCUGUAACACACAGCUUGCUCUAGAGCGACCAGACACUCAGCUUCGCUUUGCCUUCUUCAGAGACCCUGGGGUCCUCCUCUCAAACUGGAGCGCGUCCCCGGAACUCCAGAUCACAGCCAUCUGGAGGGAAGACUCAGGAUCCUACUGGUGUGGGGCUGAAACUGUGAGCCGCGGCAUCCACAAACGCAGCUUCCCGCUUCAGGUUGACGUGCAGAGAAUCCCCGUGUCUGGAGUGUUCCUGGAGAUCCAGCCCCAGGGGAGCCAGGCGGUUGAAGGGGAGAUGCUGAUCCUUGUCUGCUUCGUGGCUGAAGGCACAGGGAACACCACGUUCUCCUGGCACAGAGAGGACACGAGGGAGAGUCUGGGGCAGAAAAGUCAGCGUUCCCAGAGAGCGGAGCUGGAGGUCCCCGUCAUCAGGGAGAGCCAUGAAGGGGGCUACUACUGCACAGCCGACAACGGCUACGGCCUCAUCCAGAGCGAGGCAGUAAAUGUCACUGUGAGAAGCACCCCAGAGAAAAUAAAAGGCCAUGUUGCAGCAGGAACCACUGGAGGGACACUCAGCUUUCUCCUGGUUGUGGCCCUGCUGUUUUACUGCUGGCACCAGAGGAAACCAGGAGAUGGUUCUCUGGGAGACACAACCAGGAGACCCCUGACCCUGGGCCCUGGAGAGUCCCUCUAUCCCACGUGUCCUGCCCCAGUGGAGCUGCAACUGGUGUACAGAAAUGUGCACCUGAAAGAAAGAGACCCGGUAUAUUCUGAGGUCCAGGUUAUUCAGCCUGGGGAAGAAGGGGAAGGUAAUACCUUCAGAACGUCUCUAGAGGACCAGCAUGCCUCAACUGUCUACUCUGAGGUGAAGACACAGAUCCAAGAUGAUUCAACUGGAAAGGUCAGCUCUAAAGAUGAAGAUACCAUGGAAGGUUACAAGGUUGUCCUACUAUUGUGA